AUGUCGGGUGUCGGGGAAAUUUUGAAAGCGGUCGGUGAUUUUGGGCCAUUUCAGAAGCGGCUGGUGCUGUUCACCUUGGUUCCAUGCCUCAGUGUGGCUUUCCAUCAGUUCUGCCAGCUUUUCAUGGUUCCAUACGUGCCCCAUCACUGCAACACCAGCUGGAUCCUUGCCGUCGGCCCCAACCUGACCGAGGAAGAGCAGCUGAACCUCACCCUGCCCCGGGACGCAGAUGGGGCGUACGAGCAGUGCUCCAUGUACUCACCAGUGGACUGGGACCUUGGCUCCAUCAUGGCGUACGGCCUGAACGCCACGGAGAAGUGCAGCAGCGGCUGGGUGUCCCCCUCAGGACAACCACCGUCCUUGGUGACCGAGUUUGACCUGGUGUGUGACAGGAAGGACCUGAACGACAUCUCCCAGUCUGUCUACAUGGCAGGGCUGCUCCUAGGAUCCAUGAUCUUUGGGCCUCUAAGUGACAGGAUCGGCCGCCGACCCGUUAUUCUGAGCUCCGUCUUACUCCAGGGCUUGUUUGGUGUAGGAAUUGCCUUUGUGCCCCAUUUCUAUGUGUACGUGGCCUUCAGAUGUGUCAUGGGUGCUUCGGUGACAGGGAUCACCAUAACAAUACUGUCCUUAGUCACAGAAUGGAUUGGUGUCUCCUCCAGGCCUAAGGCAGUGCUGAUUUCUCACUGCUAUUUUGCCAUCGGGCAGAUGAUUUUGGCUGGCUUG